AAAAAAUACUACGAUAAUGCAGUAUUUUCGUAGUGAUAAAAUAAUGUGUAUACACACGCCUAGCUAUUGAAUUAUAACGGGGUUAUUUUUUUCCAUCGAAAAGAAAGAGAAGAGAAUCCACCAUUGUCCGACCUGGAUCAACUAACGCUUCCCAGAUUUCCUGUCCCUGUUCAGAAAAGAUACCGAGGGCUGCUGAGGAGCGAUCGCAGGGCAGUGACGCAAAUCGUACAUUAAACGAACGCAGCCCUGUGGACUGACACUCAAGACUCUGCAGCUCUGUGCUACACUCAUGGGGUUACAGUCCCUCAUCUCCAUUCAACAGAGCGACAAACAAAAACUUUGCAGGAAAAGGCAACUUUUAGUUUGGCAUUCUUCCACUUGCUCGCCUCCCCUCAGCCAAAGAACAAUUUUUUGACCUUGUUAGUUUUUUGUUUUUGAACGCAGUCAUUUUUUCUGGAUAUAGACUGGGCUUUUCCCUCAUAUUAUGCACCUCUAUGGAUGCCGGUGGUUCAAUGGUUAGCAUGCGAGCUGAGGAGCAGUCCUUUCAUGUCCGCUACAGGAUGGAGGCGUCCUGCCUAGAGCUGGCCCUGGAGGGCGAGCGGCUCUGUAAGGUGGGUGACUACCAAGCUGGUGUGUCCUUCUUUGAGGCAGCAAUCCAAGUGGGUACAGAGGACCUUCAGGUGCUGAGUGCCAUCUACAGCCAACUGGGAAAUGCCUAUUUCCACCUACAUGACUACGCCAAGGCUCUGGAGUUCCAUCACCAUGACCUGACCUUGACAAGGACAAUUGGGGACCUGCUUGGCGAGGCUAAAGCCAGUGGAAACCUUGGCAACACAUUGAAGGUGCUGGGGCGGUUUGAUGAGGCUGUGAUUUGCUGCCAGAGGCACUUGGACAUCGCAAGGGACAUCGAGGACAAGGUGGGUCAGGCAAGAGCGCUGUAUAACUUUGGAAAUGUGUACCAUGCCAAAGGUAAAAGUAUAUGCUGGAGCGGAGCUGAGCCCGGAGACUUCCCCGAGGAGGUCAUGAUAGCACUUAAAAAGGCAGCUGAGUACUAUGAGGCAAACUUGGUUAUAGUGAAGGAACUUGGAGAUCAGGCUGCCCAGGGCCGAACCUACGGUAACCUGGGCAACACGCACUAUUUGCUGGGAAACUUUCGCAAAGCCGUGGCUUCCCAUGAACAGCGCUUACUUAUAGCCAAGGAAUUUGGCGACCGCUCGGCAGAAAGACGGGCUUACUGCAACUUGGGGAACGCCUAUAUCUUUCUUGGGGAAUUCAAUGUGGCAGCUGAGCAUUACAAGAGGACCCUACAGCUGGCACGGCAGUUGAAGGACCGGGCAGUGGAGGCACAGGCCUGCUACAGUCUAGGCAACACCUACACGCUUCUCCAAGACUAUGAGAGAGCCAUAGACUACCACCUCAAACACCUCAUCAUAGCACAAGACCUCAAUGAUAGGAUUGGGGAAGGCCGUGCAUGUUGGAGUCUCGGGAAUGCUCACACUGCACUGGGGAACCAUGAUCAGGCCAUGCAUUUUGCAGAGAAACACCUGGAGAUCUCAAGAGAGACUGGAGACAGGAGUGGGGAGCUGACCGCUCGUAUGAAUGUGUCUGACCUACAGAUGGUCCUGGGCCUGAGCUACAGCACUAAUAACUCCACUCUGUCAGAGAUCAAGGACAUAGACUACAACCUGCACGGAGCAAGGCCCAGAAUGAGCAGGAGGCACAGCAUGGAAAACCUGGAGCUGAUGAAACUCACUCCAGAUAAGAUGAACGGUCAGAAGUGGAACAGUGACAUCCUGACCAAACAGUCCAAGCCUUCCCUGGCUAAGACCUCCUCCAAACUGUUCUUAAUCAGCCGUCUGCGAGGGAAGAAGCACAAGGCUGGGGGCUCCAGUAAAGUCCUCCAGGACACUAGCAACACCUUGGACGCCACCCAAACCCCUGCACAGGGACCACAGAAGCGAGUCAAUCCUGACAUGCUCGGUGAUGAGGGCUUCUUCGACCUGCUUAGCCGUUUCCAAAGCAACCGUAUGGAUGACCAGCGCUGUUCUAUACAAGAAAAAGGGAGCAGGUUGUCAAUUAACAGUCGACCAGAAACACCUCCCAGAGCCAUCAGAAAAUCUGCGUUGGAGUCUGCAAAUGUCUCGGGAGCCCAGGGCCGGCAGCUUGAGGAGUCAUCUGGGGCUGGGGGCAGUUUGCCAGGCCUCAGACUUCAGCGCAGCAGCCAGGCAGUGCUCAGUCACCUGAUGGCCAGUGCAGACAACGCCGAGCCUGAUGACAAUUUCUUUGACAUGCUUGUCAAAUGCCAGGGUUCUAGGCUCGAUGAUCAGCGCUGUGCCCCUCCUCCUCCACCGGCCCGUGGGCCCACUGUACCAGACGAGGACUUCUUUAGCCUCAUUAUGCGCUCACAGGCCAAGCGAAUGGACGAGCAGCGCGUCACCCUCCCCUCUGCGGUGAGCUCGACCGCCAAGCCCAGCUCCAAUUGAGUCGUGCUUUGGAGUUAGGGCUUCCACGGUGUGCAGGAAAUACCCAGAGAAGAGGCACUUCACAGGUGAACCAAACACCUAGAGGCAAAAACCUCUUAUUUUCUUUUAAAUGACGAUGUAGCGGACAUGGACUCUGUACCACCAGAUGGUCAGUUACCAGCAAAUACUUCAUUAACUGCUGCUGGACGUGGGCAAAGCAAGCUUUGCGCUUGUCUGUAUUUGUCUUUAUGGACAAUCCAAAGCACUGCCAUUAGAUGUAAUAUACAGUAGGGAAAAACUCUUGGAUUCUCAGUGUGAUUCAGUGUAUUUGGUCAUUGGACUACAACUGGAUUUGCACAACACAAACAUGACAAGAAACCUUGAGUAGUAUGAUGCAUCUUUGUAAAUGAUUUACUCCUUCUGAAUUUCAUCCCUCAAACGUGUAUCCUCAGAUGCACAACAGCAGUUAUGUCUUUAUUUAUUGUAAUUCUUUUUUUAAUUGAGCUUUCUGGUUCUGUUAAUUGCCGUCCAGCCAAUUUAAUACUUUUGUCUCUAGACAUACAAUGGUGUGUUUGAAUCAGUCUGAACACAACAAGGGUACAGCUUUGUUUCUGUGUAUUUUGUUUUGUAUGUAAGGUUUUUCUUUAAUUUAGUUACCCAGGUCAGGUGAAGGUAUUUUUUUAUAAUGGUCAUUUCAGACUAACCAUAGUGAUAAAAGAACAAAUUUAACCAAUUUAUUACAUCUGAUGCUCAUUUGUACUAAAUAAUUUGAGAUCAGAGGAAUAAAAGCGUCCUUUAAGAGUGUUUCAUUUUUUUUUAAACUACAGAAGCAAACUCGUGUCUUCUCACAGUCCCAAAAAUAGCCACGCUGUAGUCUGCAGUAAAGGAUGCUUUUAUUUAGGUACUGUACCAGAAAUUCCAUAAGCUAUCAUUAAAUUAAUCACUUAAAAGAACGAUAGGGUAAAUUCAGGAGCCACUACCAUUUAAAUGACCAAGGAAUGACUAUAUACAUUAAAAACAUGAGAAAUAAAUACAUCUGUUAGUUUGGCCUUUUUCUGUUAAAGUGAUACACUUAUACAUUAAUAUGACAAAGAACAGAAUAUAAAACUUAAAUACACAUCAUGGUAAGUAAAUCAGUAUCAAAGACAAAGUGCUAACUUAACUGAAAAAAAAAAGAAAGGAAUAUGAUGCCCAAAAUACUGGUCAAUAAUAAAUAGCAAAGCAAUUCCAUGCUUCUCCCUAUAUUACUUUGUGCAUAAAAAGAUACCCUUAUAGGCCAAGGCUGCCACCUACUGUACUGAGAUUAGUAUAGCAGAAGACAAGAGUGUUUGCACGGUGAAAAAAUCCUUAUCUCGACUCUGUGGCGCUAACCCCAAAACAGAACAUGUAGAAUUAAUUCCCUUUGAUGCCAUGAAAACUAGUUGUUCUUCUCUAAUGCAAGCAAACCAGUGCGAGACGAUGUCACUGGUUUCAGAGCAAAACAUUGAUUUUACAUUUUUAAAACAAAUGCACGAGCAGAUUUACACUUUUUUGUCCUAUAUGUACAAAGCUGAAAUCUAGCAAUGCAAUGGGCACAAUAUCGUUAGACUGGCAUACAUCUCAAAGAGUAGUAGUAAUAACAGCUGACUUAGUAAUAGCUUAGCAUUCCGAAGAUUUAACCUUCUCACAUCUCGGACACAGCCCCUGAUACGCCAAUGCAUUGAAAAUUACAUCUAUAUUUCACAACAUGAAUUGAUCCACGUUAUCCUCCGAAACAGUAGCAGCAUAAUACCAGCUAUAAGAAAACACUGUGCAAAAAAAUGUGGAAUGUAGUAACAAAAUUUGAUCUCUGAAAAUGAUUUUUGUAGUCUUUUUCCCCCCUUAUUAAUCAGUGGAAACUGAGAACUAAAAGGAAGGCACCAUCAUGAACAAUGCACAGUAAAGCAUCUAUCCUCAUUUACCUUCUCAAAAGAUGUAAAUAUAGUAACAGUAAUUGGUGAGUAUGGGGGGGGGGUGAUAAAAUGCAGGAUGCCAACAACAGGAUUAAGGGAUAAAGAGGAGUGCUGAUGAAUGUCCAAAUAGCGGUGUCCUUCCAAACCCUUUGAGAAAACCACCGCCAUGAGAUGUGUUGUAAAAAAAUAAAAAGUACAAUCGCAAUGCUGACAGACCCGCAAAAAUGCAUCACGGGUUUGUAUCCAUUUGGUUCCCUACCGAGAGGAAGGACAGCAUGUAUCACCAGUAUGUCUGUGUGUUUGCAUGUGACUGAGUUUCAGGAGUUGUAAGCAUGUGGUCAGGUGUAUGGUGAAAGUGUUGCGUGUGUCAGUGAACUAGUGUCUUUUUGUGAUUGUUUUUUUUUAAGGGACUUUGUCGGGUUUUUUUUUUAAGAUUUGGAUUAAAAGAUUUUUACUGGCAUAGUAACGGUCUGUGCUGUGUGUAUGCUUGUGUGUGUGUGUGUGUGUGUGUGUG